UAAACGCCUUUCUUAGGUCCGACAAUAUGGUGUGUGCCACUAACUCUCCUGACGGACGCUAAUGUAAUUAUCGGAUUACAGGGCUGGCGCUGCGAAGCUGAAAAUAUUUACUAUUGCGACUGACGACGGUGUUGCGUUCACGGCCCGUGGCUCAGGGAAGACUCCACUCGGUCCUUGAACGGUGGGAACGAGGCUUCGUUUAUCCAGAUUUACCAAAGAAGGCGGUGGAGAUGUGACCUUCAGCUCGUGACGGACGGAAUAAGACCGCUGACAAUUUGAAGAUUCUGAAACUCUGAAAUUUCAAAGAAGUGGCUGUAACACAUCACCUCGUCAAUGAUGUCUGUAACUUCUCUGCCGGAAUGGAAACAACUCCUUUUGGAAAAAAAGAGGAGAGACGAGGAGGAGCGGGAGAGAAGAGAAAAGGAGGAGGAACAAAAGUUUGCCAACAUGCCAGCAUGGAAGCGUGGAAUUAUCCAAAGGAGGAAGGCCAAGCAGGAGAAUUUGGGUGACAGGGAAAAAGAAAGAGACAUUGCUCUUGCUCAGGUCGACGUUAGAUCCCUGUCUGACGGUCUGAGUGACACCGACAGUUCACUGACUGUCAAUCUAGGAAGUGAUCCGUCAUUCAGUCCAGACCCAGGGCUGUGGCUGGACGAAGACCUCAAGUCUUUGAGUCAGGUGUCACUGGAGACAAUAGUUCCAUUCCAUGAAAAUCCAUUCAUUCGCACUCAGAGUGUUUUGAGGAAGGGGAGAGACGGAGAUGUGGUCCACCAGGAGCGUGCCAUUGACGUGGACUAUAAAGAGAAGGAGAAAGGGGUCUCCAGGUCCAGCGAUGUGGACAUGGGACGAGGGAGAGACAUCGAGCUGAGAAUAGAAAGGUUCAGAGAUUUAAGUGAAGGGAGAGAAAAAGAGAGGAGCAGGGACAGGAGCCAAGGAAGAGAAAGAGAGCACAACAAGGAGGUAUGGAAAGAGACAGCCAAAGAAUCAAGUAGGGAGAAGGAACAUCCAAAAUCCAAAAGGGAAGAAGAUGAAGCAGAUGUGUCCUGCUCCAUGUCCUCCACAGUUUCAAGCCUUCGAACCAUCCGAGCUGACAAUAUCAUCAUCAUUGAGCAGGACAGGAAGUUCAGCGACGAGAAAAUGAGACGGUGGAUCGACGUAGAAAGAGAUAGACCCGAGGAAGACCACCAGGGAAAGAGGGGGAUGAAGAUGGAUCUGAGGGAGAUCUUAGCUGGUGGAGGGAGUGUGACGGAGAUCCGGGCUUCUGAGGUCCUGAUCAUAAAGCCUUUGGCUGGAAGUGACGAGCGAACCCCUCCAGGAGGAGGAAAGGAUUAUGGAAGAGAGCACGGAGAAAUGAAGGAGGCAAAGGGCAGAGAUGCGAGGAAUGACAUGUGCUGGGUGAGAGAGAAGGAGAUGGUGAGGGAGAAAGACCGGCCAUGUGGUCAGGCAACGGUCAUCAAAGAAGAUAGGAAAGAUAGUUCUGAUGAUAGCGUGUUUAUUGAGAGAGGUGGUAGAGUGAGUCAGCUGCUGAGUAAAUUUGGAGAGCACCCCAAACUUCCAUCUCGAUCCAAGAGCUCAGAUAACUUCCUCAGGUCUAGGAGAAGAACAACCUCUGGUGAUGAAGAGGAUCACGAGUAUGAGGGCAGGAAAAAUGCUGUCCUUAAAGGAGCACCGAAGAGGUCCUUCAGCUUCUCAGAUCGGGUCAUUUCCUCCAAAGAAAAUGGGUUUGAUGAUGGCAUGUAUUAUCAUAAGAAUAUCCGGGACAGGAUACACUCAGAAAGGAGCGUUGCCCAGUGGGUGGACGUUGCCAGUUUGGGAAAGGCUACCACAGCCAAAAUCAAACUGGGGUGUGCCCGGCUGCUCGACAAAGACAAGAUUGGGAGACAUGGGAAGAACGAGGAGCAGCACAAAUCUGAGCCUAAAUGGAGUUGCCCUAUUCAAAAAAGGAUGGACAGUGCUCGGUCAACCUUCACUGACAGAAGAGCAGCAGAGAAGGCAAACGACACGGAGGGAGACGAAGGCUUCACUGUGGCAUCCGUUAAAAACAUUGAGGGUGUGUCCUUCGCAAGGCGAGUGCCCAUUAGGCAGGACGUCAAAGCUAAAGCGGCAGAACUUAAACGACAAACAGGUCACAGAAGCAAUCAAAAGCCAACGUUGGGAAAAAGAGACCAACAGUCCGAGGAGAGGCUUCGGGACAAGAGGGUGCCUGAUAGUCUUAAAGAGGAAGCGUGUAAAAGCAUGCCAAGGGAAAGUGUACAUGCAGCAGGGGAUUUUUGCCGCACAGCUGACAACAUCCCCAGAAGGGUUUUAGACUCAUCUGACUCGUCCACUCAAACCUAUCCGACCUCAGAGAGAGGCGGGGAGUGGAGCAGCAGAGACCUGACAGAACUAUGUCAAACUCACGCCGUGCUGUCCCAACAGACGGAGGAGCUGAUUAAUAAAAUUGAAAAAGUUGGUGAGGCUUACGUGUGCAGCGAAAGAGGGGAGAGAGCACAUCGCAGUGCACUUGACGCAACGAAAGACAGCAAGUGUGACCUUGACAGUGAGAGCCGGAUUCAAAGUGUGGCGCCAAAAUCUCCAAAAGGCGUAGAGCAGAAGGACUCUCAGGACGUUCAUAUUCCAAGAAGUGUGUUUUAUGUUGCUGAUGAGAUGAUGGACAUUAGCAAGGAUGGCGGUCAAAACAACAAAGGUCACGAUGUGGACGCAGCGGCAGGAGUGGACACAGGAAGGGAUGGUGGGAGAAAACCAAAGUCUUUGAGCAGUAUUGAGUCUCUGCGAGAAAAAAUAAAGCAAAGGAAACUGAGGCAGAAGGAGACGCAGGAUGGGAAUGCCAGUGAAAAUGAAGAGCUAACAGAUGUCGAGGCAGCAGAUGACAGGAGGCCAGAGGUAGCAACGCGUAGUGAAAAUGCAACACAUCUACAGCAAGCAGAGAAGCUUCCCGCUCCGUCGACAUCUAUGACGGCACCAGACGUCACACCGGAAGCUGGCGCGUUCAUGACUUGCCCUCAGCUUCCUGUUUCUGUCCCACACUCACAAGAGGAAGUCACAAACACUGAAGCUGCGAACGCUGAAGCCGUCUCCGACAAGAGCCAGUCUUCGGAAGACGAAGAAGAGCUUUCUCAACAACAUGUAGAAGGACAACAUGAGGAAGAAGACAGAAAUGAGGAAGAAAUCCAAGAAGAGGUAGAAGAGGAAUAUAUACCUGACCAGUCUGCAGAAUCUCUCUCUCCUUCGCCUACUCAUCCAAACUCCCUCACAGCGAUGAGUCGAAUCUACAACCUGGAGACUGUUGGCUCAAGGUCAGGUUUGUGUCUGAGAGACAGAAAUGUGGAGAGUUCCACUGUGCAGCUGGUUCAGGUGAGGCCUCUUGCACCAGACACAAAAGAGGAGGACCGCCGAGUGUUUUCUAGUGAAGACGCUGGGGGAGUUCAGGCAUUACAGCGACACAUAGAACGGUUUCAGUUCAGCGAUCAGGAAGAGAAACCUUCUCAGGACAGUAAAGAAAUUGUUCAGGAUGAUGUCCAGGACAAGAGUAAAGAAACAGAAGAUAUGAGGACAAGAGACUUUCAUCAGCAUAUUUGUUCCCCAACAUCUCAUCUGAAACAAAUGAUCACACCUGCCCUGCUGCGGAGCCAAUCCCCUGAAGCAUCUCUGAAAUCCUCCGACUUGGCCCCUACUCCCGCCUCUUCCCCUUGCUCUCCAUCUCCUACUCUGUCUCCCAGUGCGUCUCCAUCACCCUCGCCGUCCCCAACCCUCUUCUCCAUCAAGAGUGCCUCGGGUGGGCACGUGAAGAGAGGCGCCACCAUGACCAUCACUCCUAAAAAGCCUGGCAAAGUGCCCUCACCGAUAAAUACAAAUGCGGCGCACCAUCAAGGCCCUGUAGCUGCCUCCAAGGCUGAGCCUGUAAAGAGGUACCUAGCUGUGGAGGAGAUCCAGGUCAUAGGCGGAUAUCUGGUGGAGAAAUCCUGUCUGGUCAAGAGCAAAGGAAUUAUGAAAAAGGGUAAAGUCUGUUUUGAUGAGGAACAACUGGAGCAGGUGUGUGAGUACCCAUCGGAAACCUCCAUGUUAGUCUCCAACCCUCAGGAAUCAGAUCGGUCACGAGCAAACGAAGCACACAAGGAGGAGGUUCAUGUACCAGCAGUUGUGUCCAAGACCCAGAAGAAUGUAGUCAUACCUACUGGACGUGGCCUAAGAGUGGGUCAGUUUCACCCUUUCCUCAAAAAACACAACGUGUGACGACAAACAUUUUGUAUUGUAAACCUAUGCUAUAAAUGUCUCUUGUGCUGAGCUGUUCCUAUGAUAGUACAGAACCUGUACCCCAAAACCUCACUUACAAACCUAUAAGUGGUCCAUCUUGCUGAUAAAUGUAAAUCUUGCUAUUCACUGGAUGAGCCAUAAGGGUAAUGGAGCCAAGAUUUUCAACAAUCUAUGCCUGCUCAAUUGUGACGUGAGUGUGAGUCAUCUCUAUAACAUUUGUCUCAAUGGCAAAAAGAGCACACCACUGCAAAUGGUGGCUACUCAACGGAACAGACCACCAGUUUAACAGAAAAAGGUCUUGUGAAUUGGUAGCAUGUGUCGACGGGUAAUACCCUUGCCCUACAGCCACAGGUUCCUGCUGAAUGGAUCAAGGCAACAAAUGAUGGAAGAAAUGAAAGACAGAGUCAUUUAUGAAUCACAGUUAGAUGUUACUUAAUUCCCUCUCCAUCUCUGUUUUCCAGAUGAGUCUUGCCCUCGCUAGAAGCCAAUCACCUCCACACAUUUUCCCCUGUGACACCUGCAUUUUCAUAAACAAAACCAUGUGGGCUCUGUUAUGUAUUUCUCUGUACGAAGUGCUUGAAUGUGCGCUUGUGCUCCUGCUGUUUUGUUUGUUAGAUUAAACAAGAGUUGUAUACAGUUGUAAAUGUUUAUUCAGUGAAGCAGUUUUAUUUGAAAGACACGUUUGAAUGUAUAACUGUGGUACCACAUGCUGUAAGGCUCCGCUGUUGGGCGUUAAAUGAUCACUUGUCUAUGCAAUGUAGUUGUUUUGUUAUGAAAUGAUAUAUCUGAUUUAAUCCUUUGAGCAGCACUGGAUCAUGAUGUUCAUGUGUUCAUGUGACUGCUGGAUUUCAUACUGGAGGUGACAUGAAUUCAUGGUGUGACUGUUGUUAUUGGACAAGAAAUCUGUCACACGAUUAAACUGAGCCUUAUUGUUUGGAACCAGUUUAUGAAGAGUGAGUGGGUUCCUUGAAAGGAAGUUGUCACUUUUCAGCAAAAUCUGGAUAUAUUUUUGUGUUGAAGAAGCUGGCUUCAAGGGAAAAAAAAUAAAUCUUUUUGAAGAAUGAUUU